UCAGUUCCCUGUGAAAUUCAUAUUAAUAUUCUGAUAUUGCGGUGUGUCUACGAUUGAAAAAGCACGCUUUGUUGCUCGCCAAAUUCAAAGCAAACCUGUAGCAGUGAAUCCUAUAUUACGCAUCAGCGUCAUCGACAAAAAAAGCAGUCCUGUUGAAAAGCGAACACGAGAAACGACGAAAACCGAUCUUUCGACGCCAUUUUCGCGCGAGGCCAUCAACCUCGGACAUAUUCCCUCCGAGUGACAUCUACGGAAUUGGCAAAUUUCAUUGAAUUUUAACAUGCUGCUGACUUAAAUGAGCUGUUGACGAGAUACGAUCUAAACCUUUUUAGCCGCGACUACCGGAAACAUCAUCUCUGCAUACCAACACUUCCUGUGAUAAAGAAAUGCUCUUUUGCUAGCGUUUUAUUCGCUCUUAGCUUACAUCAUUAAAAGAUUCCCACAAGUGGAGUAAAGCAGAACAGCAAACCGAUGCGCAAAGUCGCGAAUGAGGAAAGAAAACUUUGACUUUGUACAAGUGGGCGAACGAAUCUCAUGUUAUACGGUGUUAAUAGGGUGCUGUAUUUAGACCUUUGAAUGGGGGCAUCAUCCUGAACAUUUCACAAGAUUAUAUUUUUUGACCUACUGUGAUUACCUCAAUUUCAACUGUUUGGAAAAUUCGCUUUCGGAAGUCGGUUGGGCAUAAGACCUUUCGGGUGUCAAAGCGCCACUCUUAUGUCGAGGCAGUGUGCGACGUGAAGGUUUGAAUCGUGGCACAAGACAGGCAUUUGUUAUUAAAGGAACCUAGGAAUACAAAGAGCGAACGAGGUUUUACAAACGAUUCGUCGGAAGCUUUGUGUAAACUCAGGAAGGAAAGCGAGAGACGACAAACCCACCAUUAAUACGUUGACAUUUUCUAUAAUCACAGACACAUUUAGCAGUACAUGGGCCGAAGAUAACACGUCAGAUUUCGCGGACAAAUUUACGGUGACUUUUAACGAAAUAUACUCGCUCAAAUAAUAUAUAUGGCCUCAAGGUUCGACGCACAAUCGAAAGGCUGGCGAACGUAUUCAAAACCGAUCGGUUCUCUCAAGUCCUACGGCCCGAAAUUCGGUCGAUAUGGGGAACAAGUGAAAACAUUGACAGAAGAUGACGAAUGUAUAUAUUACCCAACGGUUUAUGGCGAGGGGGAUAAACUGAAGAUUGUUAGCAAUCCGGGUUACGGGGCGUACGGCAAAUCCGAAUAUAAAACAAAAGACGCACAAUUCAAGGCGACCAAAUUUGACGCGUACGAUCCAACAGACGAUGGCAUCUAUGAAGUGCUUAGCGGUAAGGUGGCUCAACCGACAUCGGCUCAACAAUGCCGUUCGCAAUUCGGCAACCGAAAUAAUCAUCACACUGCGGCUGUCCCGAGAAGCGUGCUUCGUGCUUUGAACAACGAUUUCGCGCAUAACACGGCCCGAGACGUGUUGACAUUUGAACCGACCGGCUGUCGGUUUCCAUCGCCCGAUCUAGCGAGUAAUAACAACGAUCUUAAAAAGGCCAAAAUUGUGGGCCAUCAUGACUUUGUUUCGCCACAAUCCGAGCACAGCUUGAACGCGAAGGAGGACAGCGAAGAGCUAUUAGAUUAUUGUACUUGCAUGUGCAUCGUCAAAGGAACCUUUUAUCAUUUCACAAAAGACAGCGAUAGCGAAGGACAUCUCGCUGAUCAACCAUGUUCGUGUGCUGGGCCAUUGAGUCAGUGCCUACCACGCUGGGGUUGCCUCGGAGUUUUUGCUCUAAUUUUCCCGUGUUUAUGGUGUUAUCUACCUCUCAAAGGUUGCAAAAAGCUCACCGAGUUAUCGGAUUGUUCCGAUACUAAACCGCUCGAGAAGAAGCCUAUCAAAUAAGCAAUGUAAUGUCAUCUUAAAUGAAGAUUCCGGCUGUUUGAACUCUAAAUUGGACCAACAUGAAAGGACAUUCUCUUUGUAAAUAACUUGCUCAGCGUAUAGACUCGCUCGACUGCGUCGUUUCAAAAACAAGCUCCGUAAAGGUCGCUUCGUAUAACAAAAGCUAUCUACAAAAGCCUAAAAAUGCCAUAAAAAAGUUUAUUUCAAUGAAAUAAAACGAUAAAUUUCCAAUCGAACUAGAUUGUAAUCGAAAAUAAUGAGACCAGACUAUUUAAGUUUAUGUUAAAACGUUUGAAGUAAGUUAAAGGACUAAUGAAUAUAUAUAUAUAUACAUUCGGGCUUGAAAUAAACGUGUAUUUAACUAGAAAGUGUGUAGUUACGUUCAAUGAGGUAUUAACAAGGCGCGCUAUACUAAAUUAUCACAACGCUAUAGGAAAUUUCUGUGUAUAUAUUUGACACGCGGUUAAUAUUUGUAAAGUAUACAUGCAUGUGUUGUAAAAUAUUUUGACUGCCGUGUACAUAAAUGUUAAAUAGUUUAUAUAGUGUCUGUGAUACUGCUGAUGUAUAUAAAUAAAUACAGUUCCAUUUGAGGAGUAAUACAAUCCUAUUUCAAACUCUGUG